AUGGCUGAGUAUUUAGCUGCAGCUGGGGUAUUAUCCACAGCCUUUUCAAUCAAAUUAUUCAGUACUAAAGCGAAAGAAUUGGAUACCGUAAAGCAUGAUCUUGAAUCUCAAUUGGUCCAAGUUAAACAAUCGCUGGAUUCAAAAGCCAAAGAAUUAGACCAAUUACUUAAAGAAUCAAGAGAAUUUAAAUUGAAGCUGGAUGGUGCUCAUAAAGAAGUCGUUAAAGAUUUAGAAACGAAGAUUAAAGAAUUAACCAAAUCCAAAGAAGAAUUAACUGCUUCUGAAGCCCUGUUAAUGAAACAACUUAAGAACCAAUUGGAAAUUGUCACUGGGUAUGAAAAACAAGUUAAAGAUUUAGCUUCUGAAUUAGAGAACACCAAAUCAGAAGUAAGUAAAUUAGAAGAGAAUUAUGAAUUCAAAUUGAAUGCUCAAAUUGAAAAAUUGAUUGCUGAUAAAGAUUUAAGAAUUCUUGAUUUAGAACGCACUUUAGAUGAAACCAUUACACAACUCACCAAUCUGAAGAAUACUAUGAAUGAAUUAGAAGCUGCUAACAACCAAUUGAUUCUUGAGCUCAGACAAUCCCUUGAAGAAACAAAACGUAACCUUGAAGAUAAGACCAAAUCCUAUGAUGAUUUACAAUCCCAAUCUACUAAGCAAGAUGAAGAGAACAAAGAAACAAUCAAAUCCCUUGAAGAGAAGAUUUCCAAAUUAGAAAAUGAUAUUGAAUCUAAAGAGAAAGAAUUACAAGAAGCAAACAAUAAUCUCAACGAUUCCAAUGAAAAAAUCUCACAAUUAGAAACUGAACUUUCACAAUUGAAAUCCGAAAAGGAUCAAUUGAAUGAAGAUCUUUCCAAAGAAAAAGCAACCAAUGCCGAACAAGUCGAAAAGAUUUCUCAAUUAGAACAACAAAUCAAAGACAAAACCGACGAGAUCCUUGAAUUAAACGAUCAUGUUCAGAACUUUGAACAAUUCUACUUCAAUUUUGAAGACUUACUUUCCGCUUUGAAAGAAGUAGACCCAGACGUACCAUCUUCAGUCUUGGAUACCGGAAUUCAAACUCCAGCCGAUACCGAACUUGAAGAAUCAAUUGAAGUAAUUGAAGCUGGGGAUGUCGAGAAAUCAAUUUCAAACAAAAGUUCUACUGAAGGAUUUGAAGUGGUACCUAGAGUAGUUAUUGACCGUCAAUUUAACCUCAAUGGGACUAUUCAAAGAGUUCGUGAAUAUAUUACUUCUCUUCAAAGUCAAAUCCAAGAAAAGGAUCUUAAGAUUGAUGAAUUAGAACUGAGGGUAGUUACUAUUGAAAAAGAAGAAACUCCAGUCGAAAGUGAAGAAGAAACAACACCAAAAUUGGAAGUUGCUGAAGCUGUUGAAGAAGAGUCCAAAGAAGGUAAUGAAAACGAAACUACCGAGUCUGAACAUCAACAAGAAGGUGAGCAAGAACAUGGCGAAGAAGAAGAGGAUCAAGAAAAUGAAGGUCCAAAAGAAGAAACCUCAAGAGAUAUCGAAGUCAGUCCAACACCAGAAGAGGUGGAAGUAACGGAAUGGGCUAAAACCGUCGUGGACAGCGAACAAUUGAGACAAAAGCUUAAUGAAUUGGCAAAAGAAUAUCUGAGAAUGAAGAGAGAAGUACGCAAUACAGUCGAACUUGAACAAAAGACCAAAGAGAUCCAGCAAUUGAAUGCUACUAUCCAAGAAUUAGAACAACAAUUAGAAGCCGCGAAGAAGGAGGAAGAAGAACAAUUAGAAGCUGCCAAAAAGAAAGAGGAAGACUUAAAUGCAGAAAUUAAGAGAAUGGAAGACGCAAAAAAUGCAGAAUUAGCUAAAAAACAACAAGAAGCUGACACUCGUGAGGAGCAACUUAAGAAAGAUGCAGAUGCGGCUGCCGAAGACUUGAACUCAAAGAUUGCUGAAAAGGAACAAGCUAUAAAGACUAUUAGUGACGAAAAGAGCAUGGUUGAAGCACAAUUGGCAACAACAACUUCAAAACUUGAAGAGGCAAAGGAAAAAGAAGCACACUUUGAAGACUUACAGGAACGCAUGGAUAAAAUGCACAAAGAUCAAAGCAAAGAGCUUGAGGGUGCUUUGAGCACUAUCAAGGAACAUGAAGUAACCAUUGGGAAGUUUAAAGAAACAGCCAGUCAAUUAGAGACCGAGAAGCAGAAUUUGAGUAACGAGAUUACAGAAAAGCAAUCAACCAUCGAUCAAUUAAAUGUGCAAAUCGAAGGGUAUGUUUCUGAAAUUAACCAAUUGAAGGAACAAAAAGACUCAUUAGCUAAAGAAUUGGAAACUGCAAAGGAAGAUGCUAAACAACAAGGUGAAAAGGUUAGUGCCUUGGAAAAACAAAUUGAAGAAAAGGAAGGUGAAUUAACUAGAGUGAAUGAAGAGCUCAAGGGCAAGGAAGAUGCAUUAACCAAGUCUCAAGAAGAGUUCAAGGACAAGGAAGCUGAAUUAACCAAGGCGCAAGAAGAUCUCAAGGGUAAGGACGCUGAAUUAGCCACCUCUCAAGAAGAACUCAACAAGAAGGAAACCGAAUUAACCAAAUCUGAAGAAGAUCUCAAGAGUGUCCAAGGUGAAUUAGAAGAAGGUAAGAAGACGGUUGAAGAAGCUAAGAAGAAGAUAGAAGAAGUUACCAGGUUAGAAGAACAGAUCAGUGGGUUAAAAGCUGAGUUAGAAGAAGCUAAGAAGAAGGGAGAAGAAAUUCCCAAGUUGGAAGAAAAGAUCGCAGGCUUACAAGAUCAAUUAGAAGAAGCUAACAAGAAGGCAGAAGAACUUGGUAAGCUUCAAGAAGAUCUUAGACUUAAAGAUGAGGAACUUUCAACUUUAAAACAGGAUGUUCACUCCAAGCAAGAAGCUUUAACCAAAGCUGAAGCAGAUCUUAAAAUUAAGGAAUCUGAAUUGGAAAAGUCUCACCAAGAGUUGACUGAGAAAACUGACAAAUUAGCCAACGUUGAACAACAAUUGAAGGAAAAGAAUGAGUUAGUUGAAAAGAUACAACAAGAAGCCAGCUCAUUAAGAGAUCAGGUUCAAACCAAGCAACAAGACUUAGAUAAGUCUGUUGAAGACCUUAAAACCAAAGGAGAAGAAUUGACUAAAGCUCAAGAAUCACUCCAAUCUACCGAGGAAGAAUUGAACAAACUCAAGGAAUCAAAGGGAAAAAUUGAAAAGCAAUUAGAAACACUUAAGGAAGAAUCAAAAGCUAGUAAAGAAUCUGCUUCUAAAUUUGAACAACAAGUCAAUGAAAAGGAAGAUGAAAUCAAGCAAUUAAAGUCAGAUAUUGAGAAUAAGACCCAAGAAGUUCAAGCUAAAGAAGGGGCCUUAAAAGAGUUGCAAAAGGAAGUUUCAGAAAAGGAAGAAGAGAUUAAUGGAUUAGGUAAAACAAUCCAAGACAAGGAAAUUGAAUUGAAUGAACAACAAAAGAUCUUGGAUGAAAAGGUUGAAGAAGUCAAUAAGCUUGAGGAAGUUGUUAAGACCAAGGAUGAAGAAAUCAAAACCAAACAAGAGCUUAUUAAAGCCAACGCAGAAAAGAUCGAGGCGUUGGAGAAGUCUAAGCCUGCAGAAAAUGGGGAUGGAAUUAAAGCAGGUGAAGGUGAACAUCAAGAUGAGACUCACAAUGGUCAAUAA